AUGGGUGAGAAGGUGGUGAGCUUUACAGGGAUUAAAGGGUUCGUCACGGUAGCAUGGGGGUAUCCCAAAAAUUUGGGAGUAGUAGAGCUGGGUCCGAACCUUUUUCAAUUCAAUUUACCGAACCCUGGUGAUAGGGAAAAGAUCCUGGAAAGAGGACCUUGGGUUAUAGAUAACCAAAUGCUGGUGGUGAACAGGUGGAUGGAAGGUAUAGAAGGUAAUAUGGAGGCCUUUAAAUUGGCUCCUAUGUGGGUGCAAGUGUGGAAUUUACCGAUUCAUUGGAUUACUAAAGAGAUUGGUCGUAAGAUAGGGGCAGUGUUUCAUCAAGUCAAGGAUGUUAUAAUCCCCCAAAUGGGGGGUAAGGAAGGAAGGCAUUUGAAGAUGUUUGUGACUGUGGAUUUGUCAAAACCCCUGCUAAGAAGGACCAUAGUAAAAACUGAGGAAAUUUUGACUUGGGUAGCGUUUAAGUACGAAAGAUGUCCUGAUUUCUGUUAUAAUUGUGGGUUCGUAGGACAUGGUGAGAGAACUUGCACCAGUCAGCUAGAAGUGUUAGGUAGAAAUGUGGACAAUCAGUAUGGCCCCUGGUUGAGAGCAGGAAACACUAAGAGCUCACCACAGACCAAGCAAUCUAGACAUGAGGUGGAUAAGGAUAAACGUUACUGGAAGUUCCUCAAUGGAAAUUUAGUUGAAAUAGCCCAGCCGAGUAGUGUUCUGGAAAAGAACCAACUAGAGUUGAAUAAGGUCUUGGAGAGGGAGAGGCAGGAUCGUCAGAACCUUUCUAAAGACCUGAAUGAUUUGAGUGUUGAUGGUGAAGUGUCUGGUCUCUUUCAGGAGGAAGUACACACAGGGGGUUCUCUUAGGCAACAAGAGGUGCAGGAACAGGCUGAGAGGGGUAAGGAUGAACAGAAAGGCGCUCUUGUAGUUGGAGCAGCCAAGACCCCCCUUGUAGAAAGUUGUGCUGAGAUGGAGGAGGAUAGCUCUCUGGCUAUACCAGUUGUUAGUAAUGUUGGUAAUUUGGAGGGAGCUCUAGAGGGAGAAAUGCUAUUACAGGAGAUGUUUAAUAAAAAUGGGAAAGUGCAGGAGGCUAUUAGGAAGCAGUAA